GCAUUUUAAACCCGAAUAAAAUGGAGUUAAUUGAGCCUAAGCCGAAAAAGCAUUGCAGAUUACCCCAAAAUAUUCCCCUACCAGUAAUAUUGAAAAAAGAUGGUACUUUAUAUAAAUUUAAAGGUAUUUUUAAUGAUUUUUGUGUCAUAGUUGAGGAUGAACAAGAUAUGAAAAAUAUUAUUUCAAUGGGAUAUUUUGGAAAGGCAAAUUUGUCAAGAAGUUAUCCUCAGUUUAAUCAAAGCAAAACAGAAAUUAUUAGAGAAAGACAAUAUAAAAGACGAAAGGAUUGGGCUAAAAAGAAUUCAAAUAAGAAGUCAAAAAAGAAAGUUAUAGUAGUUCCAGAUAGCGACGAAGAAAAAUAUUAUUUUAUAAAUUUACAACCACAGUAUCAGAUAGACGAAUCUAAUGUUAAGGAAACUGUUUGGUUGAGCCUGGAAGAAUCGUUCUUUCUAAGUAGUAUUGUAAAAUGUUUACAUGUUUAUUAUGAAGGUAAAUCUUUAAGGAUAGAUGAAAUGUGGACUAUGUUUUCUGCUACUGAUCCACAUUUUAUUCAGAACUAUAUUGUGUAUUAUCAUUUUAAAGCGAAAAACUGGGUAGUAAAGCCUGGUAUCAAAUUUGGAGGAGAUUUCUUGCUCUAUAAACAAGGUCCUCCAUUCUAUCACGCCUCAUAUGUUGUGGUUAUCGACAUUGUAAACGAAAAUUUGGAGAGAAUCGAACAUUUUUCAAGAAGAUCUAUGGAUAACGUGCCUUUAUUAAGUUUAAAUCGAUUAUGUGAAACUGCUGGAAAAGAAUUAUUAAUUUGUCAAGUCAUUUGGCCCCAAAACGUUCACAUUGAUUACAAGAAUAUUGCAGAUGUAAUUAUAAAGGAAAAUGUUAUGAGGAGGUGGAUUUCUAGUCAAGAAAGAAUUGCUGAAGAUACUUAAAACUUUUAAUCUUUGUUUCUACUAUA